AUGGCUAGCACAGGAUACUCCGUUCCGGCUAAUGCAACAAGAGUGGAAACUCAUGUAAUGGCGACGGAGCCGCAAAAAGCAAAUGAAAUCAUCGAGAGAGUUGAAAAAGUCGCAAAAGUCGCCCAACAAAUUGAAGAGGCCAAGAUCCAAGAACGAGAUGAUCCGCAGCAGUGCUCUCGGUCGGUACGACAGGACGGUGUCGAUUCGCGUCGCCCUUCAUCGACUGGAGUUGUCUCCAGUGAGCUAAUAGCCACCGGAGAACCACCUCAGACACCGAUAGACUAUGAUGAUCCGCGGGCAUGGAAUGCCAAAAGGAAAUGGAGUGCUCUGACCAUCGUCUCGCUGUUCAAUUUUGUAACCAGCAUCUCGUCCUCGAUGGUUGCCCCAGCACUUCCCGCAAUCUCCCAAGAACUCAGUAUAACGGAUGGCACGGAUCAGUACCUGUUGGUGUCGAUAUUCGUAUUGGCUUAUUCGUUCGGGCCAUUACUUUGGGGCCCGCUCUCCGAGAUGUAUGGGAGGGUUGUCGUCCUGCGGGUGUCUAACUUGAUUUAUCUCGCCUUCAAUACUGGCUGCGGCUUUGCACAGUCCAACAGCCAAAUGACAGCAUUCCGCUUUCUCAGUGGCUUCGGUGGAAGCGCCCCUCUAGUAUUGGCUAGUGGUGUGAUUGGCGACGUCUUCACCCCCGACGAGAGAGGGAAAGCUAUCAGUGUAUACACCAUCGCGCCAUUGCUCGGCCCAGCCGUUGGUCCAAUCGUUGGCGGGCUCAUUGCCGAGCACACAACCUGGCGAUGGAUAUUCUGGUCUACUUCUAUUCUCGCCGCUCUUGUCCAGGGUGUGGGCACAAUUCUUCUCCGCGAGACAUAUGCGCCAGUCUUGUUGCGAGCGAAGAACAAAGCAGAGCAAGAGAAACAGGAUGUUACAGUCACCAGCAGCUCGACAGUAACUCCGCAGUCUCUCAUAUGGGCUAACUUGAGCCGCGCAGUGUUCAUGCUAGCAACUCAGCCUAUCAUUCAGUCUGUCGGCCUGUACUUGGCGUACAUUUACGGUCUUGUUUACCUUGUCUUAUCCACGCUCCCAACAGUAUGGAAUGAUGUUUAUCAGGAGCAGGUGGACAUUGGCAGUCUCCAUUAUCUCGCGAUCGGUCUUGGGUUCUUCUUGGGUACCCAGGUCUGCGCACCACUUCAGGACUCCAUUUACCGGCGAUUGAAGCAUGGUAAUAAUGGCGUCGCAGAGCCCGAAUUCCGUAUUCCACUGAUGAUACCGGCAGCCUUGUUUCUUUCUGCGGGACUGUUCAUCUACGGAUGGACUGCUUACUAUAAGACGCAUACCCGCUUCACGCUGCUUCUGCUGUGA